AUGCGUGUUCCUGUUAAUUGUGGGUCGGAUGCCGUAGAAGGACAGUUAUUUUUCUCUCAUAAAAUGCCGGUUUAUGAUAUUUUGACAUUACAUGAUCAUGAACAUUGUAUCAUAACGCUCUCUCAUGAUCACACUGUUCGACUUUGGGAUACGCGCCUGCCUCAUACUAUUGGUCGGGAUAUGCAACUUUGUGGCCGGACUUGCUUCUUUAAUAGCAUUAAUUCGACUAACUCGGCUCACUCAAAACUAUCCCAGAUUUCUCCGGCCAUUAGAUUUGAUUUCCCUGUUACGGCUGGAGAUGUUCAUCCUAUUGAGGGAUCACGAGCAAUCGCUUUAGCAACUGCAGAUGGUUUUGUUAGGCUGUUUGAUCUUCGUCGUCUCUUUUCACCAUCUACUACUUCCCUCACAAUGGACUUAACACAUGAGGCUCCCCAACCUUAUCAGGUUAUUCGACCACUGGGUUUGACCAAACAGUCGAAUCUUUCUCGGGAAUUUCGACUCGAUUAUGGACCACUUUUCAUUACCUCAGUGUGUUUUGAGCCGUACCAUAGAACCCUCGAUAUUAGCUUGCCACAAUUGUAUCGUGGCAGUCGAUUAGAUCGACAAUCACCUGGUCGCAGGUUACUUGUCAGUCAUAUGUACUCUCCGGUAUUUCUUUUCGAUCUCAACGAGCCAGAAGAAACUGUGGAAGAGUUUACAACUCCUGCAGAUCAGCAUUCACAAUCCAAUAAACCAGAAGGAGGAGAUGCUGUUUUGGACGAGAGAUCAAUGGAAGGAAGUGAAGGUCCCAGUGGUUCAUCAGGAACAUUCGAGCCAAGCGCAGCUAACAUUCAUUUUGCAAUGCUUCUGGCUGGAUUUGCAAGAGCAACUGAGCGUCGCCGAUUGAGAGCCUUGAAUCGUAGCCCUGAAGAUAGUGACCGACGUUCACCAGAGAGAACAAAUCAGUCCUCGAUGGAUCCCAUACCUUCUGGUUCUCAUCCUGAGACUGCCAAUGAAGGAAGUGGCGAGAGUGCCGUCCGGGAAUUUGAAUGUGCUUCAGAUGAAAUAAUCGCAUUGGUUCUUGCCUCCUGUCCUCGGGCUCGACAAAUCGCUUCAUACGCAGGCCAACGGUCUUUCCGCACUGUGCCAAUAAUGUUGUAUUGCUGUGAGCCACUCAUUACAGCCACAGAGGUGACUCUCAAACCCCUCGAGAAGGCACACAACCAAGCAUUACGACUAAUUACUGGAGGGAUAAAAUCAACACCCAUUGAUGCAAUGCUCCUAGUUACAGGAAGCACCACAAUAGGUUCCCUUAUCAAAGAAAAGGCCUUGAUCCUGUAUGAGAAGUUACUGCGCAUUCCCAUGGACAAGUUCUUCAGCACCUAUGAGAAUAGACCAAGACAUCUGAAAACGCAAUCUGGUCUAAUACAGAAAGCCAUAGAACUGAAGAAAGCGUUACAAAUCGAUGAUAAACCAAAAAGCCUCUCUCUCCCCAUGAACCCAUUAGCAGACAUUGAUGUAGUGUGUUGCACCCAACUGCUCGACUUCUUCAGGAAAUCAAACACUCCUCCCGAGCAAAUGCGCUCACUGGCCCUUGAGACAAUCGAUGUCAACUAUCCUGCAGAUCAAUGGCUCCAAGUCUUCACUGAUGGGUCAUACAUAGAAAGCCAAGCAAACGUUGGUGCAGGUGUCUAUUCUGAACUCUUCUCUUUCUACCCAGCAGCGGGACAUAAUAGAUCCGCUUUUGAAGGAGAAAUAGAGGCCAUUAGGUUAGCACUAUGUCAAUUAUGUUCCCGGGAUACGAAAUUCACCAAAGCGAUCAAAGACGCUUGUUUUUGGGGCGAGGGUUACGUAAUGAGCGGUUCUGAAUGCGGUCACAUUUUAAUAUGGGACCGGUUCACCGGUGCACCUGUGAAUUCAAUCAUGGCGGACAGCAGUGUGGUUAAUCGUCUUCAGCCUCAUCCUUUCCUACCCUAUUUGGCGGUGAGUGGAGUGGAUCAUAACAUCAAAAUAGUUCGACCCACACCCACGCCACUGGACGAAACGCAGGAGGAAUACGAAGCUCGAAUUGAAAAAUGCAAAGCUGACACAGUUCAGUUGGUGGAGUUCAAUAAUGCAAGAACUAGGCAAGUUGUCGAAAACAGUGCAUCUCUCCGUCAGCAACUGGCCAGUCUUCGAAUUGGUCGAAUGGCACGUCUUUUCCUGCUUCAACUGGCUGAAAGGCGAACUAGUGGAGGAAGACAACAGCAAUCUUCGGACAACCAAAAUGUUGACGGUGACAGUGAAAAUUCGGACGACAGUAGUGAAGGAAAUGCUCCUAACAGGUCCGACAGUGAUUCGCUGGAUUAG